GUUUCAUUAUUCAGAAUGUUUUCGUGCUCAACAUGUAAGCAAAGUUUCUUGAAAUACAAAUCUUUUCUUCUGCAUAAAACAAAGUGUAAAAAAGUUGUCUGUAAGAAAUGUAAAAGUAGCUUUUCUUCUUUAACUUUCUUAAAUCAUCUUAAUCAAUGUAGACAAAAACAGAGUGAGGAUAUUGGAGAUUUUGCAACAUUCAAAUUGCACAAAAGAAGCUAUAGAAAUGCUUUAGCUGUGUACAUAAAAGCUGAUGGUUGGAAAUCAAUUGAACAUCUACUAGCUGUUGAAAAGGAAAAUAUCCAAUCUUUGCUUAAAUAUAUCAUUGAAAAAAUUGGAUCUGUAAAAGUGCAAGCAUGUCUUCUACUUAAAUUUAUCAAACAGAAAACUGAAGGAGGAACGGAUACAACAGAAAUUUAUAAAGUUGCUGAGAUGUUAAGCCUAACAAACCUGCAUCAUAUUGAAACUAUUGUUAAAAACUGGAUCGAACAGAUUGAGUUGGCUAUCGAUCAAUUCACACAACGUGGAAGUGGAUGGGUGCUUCAGAGUGUGAAGGUUCUUGAGAUUCGUGUUGGAAAACUGAAAGAACAUAGUGGAGGCUGUGAUUCAACAAAAUUACCAUCUGAUUUCAACAAAAAGAAAAGUUUAUUAUCUCCAAAAUGUAGAAAAGAUUGUUUCAAAUGGUCUAUCCUUAUGGCUUUACACCCUCAAAAAAUGAAUAAAGAAAGAAUAGGGCAUUACAAAGUUUUUGAAAAGCAAUAUGACUUUAGUCAAGUAGAUGGUAUGACAACGCUUUCACAGGUUAAACGCUUUACUAAACGAAAUAAUGUUUCUGUGAAUGUUUAUACAUUAACACCUGAUGAAAAAAAGAAAGUUGUUCCGCUAAUGGUUGCUAAGGAACGUCAGUUGAAGCAUGCAAAUCUUUUCUUAUUCAACGAACAUUAUUAUUGCAUUACAAAUUUCAAUGCAUUCAUCAAAAGCAGUCGAUCCUGGGAGCGUUAUUUCUGUUAUAAUUGCUGUUCAGGUUUUAGAAAUCAAACAGCGCUAUCUAAACAUGAACUUGUCUGUUACAAUAAAACUGCACAAAGUGUCGUUCUCCCUGGUCAGGAAAACAUUCCAACUAAAUGUAAAUUUAGACAGAUACAAAAAACGAUUAGUUAUCCUUAUAUUGUCUAUGCUGAUUUUGAAGCUCUGUUGGUAAAAACUAACAAAGCUUUAACUAAAAAUACGUUUGAAUAUCAAAAACAUGAAGCAUGUUCGUUUGGAUUAGUUGCAAUUGACUGGAAUGAUAAAAUCUUAUUUCAAAAAUUUUAUCGCGGCUUGAAUGCAAGUCAAAUAUUUAUUGACACACUUUUGACGUUGAAAGAUUUCCUUCGCAACCAUCUUGAACAGCACAAAAAACCAGCACAGCUGAGUAAUUUUGAAAGACAUGUUUUUGAAGCAUCGACUCAAUGUUAUGUUUGCAACAAGCAGCUGCAAGAUGAUAAAGUUAUCGAUCAUUGUCACUUGACUGGGAAAUUCCGAGGAGCUGCGCACAAUCGAUGCAAUCUCAAAAUGCGUUUACCUCAUAGGCUUCCAAUCAUAUUUCAUAAUCUGAAAGGUUAUGAUGCUCAUUUACUAAUCAGAGGUCUAAAAACAGAUAAAAUUCAUAAAAUAAAUGUAAUACCGCAAAAUACUGAAAAGUAUAUUGCAAUAAUAAUGGAUGAUUUCAUCUUCUUGGACAGUUAUGCUUUUUUGCUAUCUAGUUUGGACACAUUAGCAAAUAAUUUAUCAACUGAAGAAAAGAAGAAAUUUUUGUGUCAAACCUUUUCCGAGGAUGAUUUACCAUAUAUUCUGAAUAAGGGAUCACUGCCUUAUGAAUACAUGGACUCUUGGGAAAGAUUUGAAGAAGAAAGUUUACCAUCUAUUGAUAAAUUUUUUUCGCAUCUGUCACUAAAAACAAUUGAUAAACAAUUGCACGAUAGAUUGCUCGAUAUAUGGGAGCAUUUUAAUUGUAAAAAUCUUGGGGACUUUCAUGAUAUUUAUCUUAAAGUUGAUGUUUUACUUCUUGCAGCUAUUUUUCAAAACUUUCGUGCGACUAGUUUGAAACAGUUUGGAUUAGAUCCUUGUCACUAUUUCUCAACCCCGGGACUAACAUGGGAUGCCUCCUUGAAGUUCACUGGUGUUGUGUUGGAUCUAUUGACUGAUAUUGACAUGGUUUUAAUGAUUGAGGAGGAAAUAAGGGGAGGAAUAUCUUGCUCUAUGUGCCGUUACGCAUGCGCUAAUAAUGAACUAUCAGAGAAAUUUGAUCCUAAUCAACCAAGCUCUUUUUUAACAUAUCUUGACGUUAACAAUCUCUACGGAUAUGCUCUUAGUGAUGUUCUGCCUUGUCGAAAAUUUGAAUGGGUUCCUCCUUACAUGUUUCAAAGUGUAAUUGAGGAAAUUUUGCAUUCUGAUUCUGACCGAAAAACUGGUUACAUUCUAGAGGUUGAUCUUGACUAUCCGUCAUGUUUACAUGAUCUUCAUAAUGAUUAUCCUUUGGCACCUGAAAGGAUAACUGUUGAAUAUGAACAGUUGAGUGGUUAUCAAAAAGAAAUUGUGAGCUUUUUAGAAGCUGCAGGCAUUAAGCGUUACAAAACUAAGAAACUUGUUCCGAAUUUGAUGAACAAAGAAAAUUAUGUUCUGCAUGAGAAAAAUCUUCGUUUCUACAUUGAGAAAGGUCUAGUUUUGAAAAAGAUUCAUCGCAUUAUUAGUUUUGAGCAAGAAGCUUGGCUCAAACCAUAUAUUGAAAUGUGCACAGAAAAUAGAAAAAAAGCUACAUCAUCAUUCGUUAAAGAUUUUUGGAAACUAAUGGUAAAUUCAUUGUAUGGAAAAAGCAUAGAAGAUAAAAGAAAACAUAGUAAAGUCAUAAUUGCUACGAAUGGAAAACAAGCAUUACAGCAAAUCAGGCAGCCAAUGUUUGAACAAUUUUACAUUCUAGACAAUGAUCUUGCAAUAAUCAAGUUGAGAAAGUUUGAAGUUAUUCUCGACAAACCGAUUUAUUUAGGGUUUACAGUCUUGGAACUAUCAAAGUUACACAUGUACAGACUACAUUAUGAUCAUUUCAAACCUAAAUAUGGAUCUAGAUUGUCUCUCAUCUACACUGACACCGACAGUUUUAUUUAUAAAAUACAAACAAAAGAUUUAUACAAUGACUUGCAAGAAUUCAAUUACCUUAUGGAUUUUUCUGAUUAUCCGCAAGCACACUUUUUGUACAGCAUUGAAAAUAAAAAGAAACUAGGAUAUUUGAAAGAUGAAAUGAAUGGGCAAAUAAUUGAUGAAGUAGUUGCAAUAAAAGCUAAACUUUAUGCUAUCAAAUAUGGUACAAAUAAAAAAAUGACUGCUAAGGGAGUGCAAAAAGCAAUUGUUAAAAGUGGGAUUUCAAUAGAGGAUUAUAAGGCUUGUCUUUUCGAAAAUGUGUUAUUGAAGCAUAAAAACUUUAGGUUACAGAGUAAACAUCAUGCUAUUUCUUCAGUAGAGAUAAAUAAACUAUCUUUUUCUCCACUUGAUGACAAGAGAUACAUUUUGGACGAUGCAGUUAGCACUUUAGCAUACGGGCAUUAUAGAAUUGUAAAAUAAGAAUAUACAAAAGCAAAUCAUGGCUCCAAGUAGCAAAGAAAUUUCACUUUUCUUCAAAAUUCAAGCUACGAAAAUUGAGUUUGAUAAAUUGUUCUUGACUUUGGCAAAGGAAUGGAUACAGCUUACUUUCAUUGAAGGACAAAAAUUGAAACAAAUGAAAAGUUUAUUUCUGGAAUUGCAUCAUGAUGAGCGAUGGUCAGAAAAAACAAAAGCUUAUUUCAAAAGAGUAGCUGCUGAUAUUGGUAAUAGGGAGGUUAUUUUCUUGCACGCAAAGCUGAGAAGAGAAAUAUCAAACGUGUGUAUUUGGUUGGAAAAUUGGAAAAAUUAUGAGAAAAAGAAUCAAAUUUAUAACAGGACGAGAGAAGAACAGCCAUGUAGUAGCGGUCUUGGUAGAAAGAAACGAAAAAACGAGCACUUUAUGCACUAUUUCUUGGAACAAGCCAGAUUAUCUAAAGAAGCGAGAGGAGAAACACUACCCAUGCAAUUAACUACUGAGCAGACGAUUGAAACUGUUGUGGAGUAUCUCUUGACACGAAACAAGUUUAUCUCAUGAUUAAACCAAUACAUUUUUUCUGUAUUUGUAUUUUCUAUUUAAU